GGAGUAGGGCCUGGGCCAGCGGGGGCGGGCUCUCUGCAGAAGGACUCGGAGGUGGCGGUGGCGGAGGGGCAGGCCGUUAGAGCCUCUCGGAAGCAGGUGACUAUGAAAGGCUUAUAUUUUCAACAGAGUUCUACAGAUGAAAAAAUAACAUUUGUUUUUCAAGAACGGGAAAAUCUUCCUGUUGCCGAGGAUAACUAUGUGAAACUUCAAGUUAAAGCUUGUGCUCUGAGCCACGUAAAUACAAAGCUUCUGGCGGAAAUGAAGAUGGAGAAGGAUUUCUUUCCUGUUGGGAGAGAAAUCGCUGGAAUCGUGUUAGAUGUUGGAAGUAAGGUAUCAUUCUUCCAACCUGAUGAUGAAGUAGUCGGAAUCUUACCCCUGGAUUCCGAAGACCCGGGACUUUGUGAAGUCGUGCGAGUGCAUGAGCACUACCUGGUUCACAAGCCAGAAAAAGUGACGUGGACAGAAGCCGCUGGAACCGUUCGGGACGGAGUGCGCGCCUACACAGCUCUGCAUUACCUGUCUCGGCUCUCCCCCGGGAAGUGGGUGCUGAUCGUGGACGGAGCAAGUGCACUUGGGACAAUAGCUAUUCAGUUAGCACACCACCGAGGAGCCAAAGUGAUUUCCACAGCGGGCAGCCUGGAAGACAAGCAGUACCUUGAAGGACUCAGGCCUGCUCUCGCCCGAGUGAUCGACGUGUCCAGUGGGAAAGGCCAUGUUGCUGAAAGCUGUUUAGAAGAAACAGGUGGCCUGGGGGUAGACAUUGUCCUGGAUGCUGGAGUGAGACUAUAUAGUAAAGAUGAUGAACCAGCUGUAAAAUUACAACUACUACCACAUAAGCAUGAUAUCCUCACACUUCUGGGUGUCGGAGGCCACUGGGUGACGACAGAAGAAAACCUGCAGCUGGACCCUCCAGAUAGCCACUGCCUCUUCCUCAAGGGAGCCACGGUGGCUUUCCUUAAUGACGAAGUUUGGAACUUGUCAAAUGUACAACAAGGAAAGUACCUUUGUGUCUUAAGAGAUGUGAUGGAGAAGUUAGCGACUGGUGUUUUCAGGCCUCGCUUGGAGGAGCCCAUUGCACUGCGGGAGGCCCAGCUGUCCAUGGCGAUGGUCCAGGAAAACCAAGGAAGGAAAAAGCAAGUUGUUCAGUUUUAACUUUCUUCCCCAGCGCUCAGGUGAAUGACCCAGCCCCGUAUCUGAAGUUCCUUGGAAAUUGUUCAGAAACGUCCAGGGAGAUAAAAGCGGUUGUCCA